AUGCAUCACACUCCAGAAAUCACCAUUUUAAACGCUGAAAAUCUCCACGUGAGUAAAAACUCCAUAAACAAAAACGCAUUUGUUUCUCUUUGUUCUGAUUCCAGUUCAAAUAAUGAAAACUGUUACACCACCAAAGAAAACUUAGAAGAAUGUGGCUGUGGAAAUGGAAACUUCCUUUCAUGGAAUGAGAAGCUUGUAAUAGAGGUGCCAUUGAAAUCAAGGUUUUUGAUAGCUGAUGUGAAAUACAAAACAUCAUGGGGGAAUGUUAAGAGUGUUGGAUCGGCGAGAAUACCAGUUUCGGAUUUGUAUGUGCAGGAUAAUCGAGUUCAGUUUUUGAGUUAUAGGUUAUGGGAUAGUAAGGUUAGGAGAAAUGGUGUUAUUAAUAUUUCAGUGAGGGUUAAAGCAAUGGAGUAUUCUUUUCCGGUGACCGGAAUUCCGGUGGCCGGCAAUGGUUUCACAGAGAUUGUAACUGGGAUUCCAGUUUGGCUGAAUAAUAUUCAAAGAAAUUAUUAA